UAUUAAUUUAAAAAAAAAUCUAUUAAGUUUUUCAAAAUUAAUAAUUCAAUAUAAAAUAAAGAAAAUCAUGUCUUAAUAGUUACUUCUAUAAGUUAGUACUUAAUAACCCAAAUCUUACACUUAUCCAAAUUUCAAACACAAAUCAUAAAAUUAUUACAGUCAUCCAUCACUACACCAAAUACCUCAUUCCAUAACACAUAAAUAUAAGUUUAUUAAAAAAGUGUUAUACUAUCUAAUGUAAAAAUAAAAGCGGUAAAUAAUAAAUAGUUAAAAAAAAAAGCGGGUUAGGAAAUUGCUAUACUUUCCUUUUCCCUCUUCCCGUUCUAUUCUCUAGACCUAAACCCAAAGCUCUCGUUUUUUUUCCUCUAAUCUAAAAACCCUGUCUCUAAGCCGGUCUCCUCACUCACUCUUCCCGGAUCCCUCUCCUUCUCUCUCUCUCUCUUGUUCCCUCAACUACGACGGCGAGGAGAUAUAGGAGGCUUCAACCACGGUGGAGGUCGACGGGGCUGACAGAGGCUCAGCGGGACUGCCGGAGGCUCGACGACGUGGACUCGGAGACUUGUUGGUGCAGGUAAAGAUCUCUCUCUCUCUCGUUAUGUUGGUGGGUGAAAGAUUAAUAUUAAUAUAUAAUAAUAAUAUUACACGAUUCAACAAUGGCGGAGAUCACAUGCGAGUGCGACAAUGUCCCACCUUCUAAAUACAAGUGCCAAGCUCUACUUUGCCCCCAGAGCCCAUCUCUUUACCUCUUCUUCUAGGUUUUCUCAUAACCCUUUUCUCCGAAUCCCUUCUUCCAUUCCAAAGCCCCUUUCUCCUCUCAUUGCUAGGGUCUCUCUUUCUUCUAAAGCUUCCAAUCCCACCAUGGGAGACUCUUCCGACGCUGGAAUGGACGCUGUCCAGAGAUGCCUUAUGUUUGAGGACGAAUGCAUUCUAGUGGAUGAGAACGACCGGGUUGUUGGUCAUGAUACAAAAUAUAAUUGUCACUUGAUGGAAAAGAUUGAAAAGGAAAAUUUGCUGCACAAGGCUUUCAGUGUGUUUUUGUUCAACUCGAAAUACGAGUUGCUUCUUCAGGUAUUGCUUACAAUAUUUGAGGGACAUCAAGCUAUAUGAUUUGCCAAUUAGGUA